GCGUCGCUAAUGAAACAAAAUGGAAAAAUACCACUUCCGGUGACCUCAUUUGCAUAUUUUUGUCGGUGGAAUGGCGGAUUUGAAAUUUAAAUAGAAUUUAUAUUCUUCUUUGAUUAAAUCAAGAUUUUUGGAAUAAAUCAUUCUAAAUGACAGGUAGAUCGGUAUAUCCAAAUAUGCUCUUCAAUUCAAAGACACGAUCUCAUGUUCAACCCUCUUCAUUACGACGAAGAUUGACCAAAAGUGCAGCUACCGUCGAUGGGGAAUAUGACCCAGAUUUGGCUUUGGCAAUCCAAGAAAGUUUAAAACAGGCUGAAAUUGAUGCAUUGAAAGCCAAAGAAAAGCAAAGUGAUACUUUAUCUAAAAUUGAAAAUAAUAUGGGAAAAGAAAACAGGUCACGUAAAAUGUCAAAUUCAUCGGGAACGCAGGAGUUGUCUACUGAAACGAAACAGCUGAAAGAUCUCGUCUGUGUCCACAUGGACUUGAUUCAGCAACAACAAGAUGUCAUAAGUCAGAAAGAUAAAACUAUAAAAACUUUGAAGGCAGAGAAUAAUGCGUUACAAUGUCGCCUGCAGAGAAUGGAGCGCCGAAUGGCACUGCUCAAACAGAAAGAAGAAAUGGCUGGUUCCACUCAUAUUGUGACCUCACCUCCUCCGAAGCCUGGAACCAUGAGUUACACAGAACCAAUUGUUAGCCCUCUUGAAAAGCAGUCUCAUAGAAAGAAGCUGGAGACCACCACACAACCAAAGAAGACAGCUGAUCUACCUAAAACUAGUCUUUUAAAAACUCCUAGUGCAAAUCUAGAUAUAAAUAAAAACAAGUAUCGUGAAUCUCAUAGAAAACGUAAAAUAACAUCAGUACAGGCAACAGAAGGGGAGGGUAACACCUUGGAAACAAACAAUUUAUAUUUUGUGUCAUAUUAUGAACCUGUCUCAGAUGAAGUGGAGGUUGAUUCUCGGUCGGAAUUACUGAAAAGUGCCCAGUCACAGAUAGACAUUGAGGUACCAUCAUUUCGAGUGAAGACAUUCACCAAUUUAUAUGUGAUAGAGGGAACUGAGGACCAUGAAGAUGAGACCUUCAUGAGGCGGCACCAAAAACCUGAGAUUGAGGAAAAAAGACGAAAGAGAUGGGAUGACCAGCGUCUCCGAGAAGAGAGGAUGAUGGAGAGAUUGCGUCAGAAACAAGAGUCUCGUCACAAGUACCGUAAGCCCGAGGACCCCGUCGAGUCAUUUUAUCCUUGUUUAGAUGAUAUUACACAUAUAGAAGUAAUAGACAAGAUACCUGUCACAGCAUUUGGACAGCCUAUACCAUUUACUAAAUCUGAGCCAUUUAUGUUACCGUGGAAUCCUAAACAGACCUCAACAUCAUCAUCAUCUCAUCGUCAUAGACAGAAGUGAUAUAUAGACACGUGUAGGCCAAGCCUUACAAACUACUUCAUAGAUAUUGUGCAUCGUGCAUUCACUCAUAUAGAUGUUAACAACAUCAAAGAAGCUACCAUUGUGACAUCGUAGAUAGAAGUGAAAUGUAGACCAUGAAAGCCAAGCCAUACAACCAGCUUCUUAAACUUUGUACAUUCUCUUGUGUUUAUGUAACUUCUAAUAACAACAACAAAUAGUCAUUGAUGUUAUAAACAGAAGUUAGAUUGAAAAAAAUGAACUGAAUGACAGGCUUCUCUCUUGUUGUAACGGUGUUUCACCAUUCAGCCUUGUGUACAUUUGACAACAAUUAAAGGUGGCGCUGGAUCAGAUUGUUCUUAUAUUGUAGCAUAUAAUUUGAAAGAAGGAAAGAAAUUAUAUAUAUGACUUCAGAAUAUAGAAUGCUUUAAUGUAAAAUUGCUUUUAUUGCAAAUUUGAAAGAUGUAAUGCUAAAUCCUGAAGUAUGACCUGUUAUAAUUUUAGUUCAUGUUAUUUCAAACAGUUGAUUGGGUAAAAUAACAUAACUAUGUUUACUGUGUUCAUAUCACGGGCAUACAGUUUGGAGUUUUCAGGUUUUCUAUCGUCUAUGUUGAAAACAUUGCUUAGCUGUAUCAAACAUAUUUUGAUCACAAAUAAAGAGAAAUCUGAGGAAGUAUGUAUUAGAAUAGAUCAUUUUGAAUAACUAAUUUUAGAGAGUUUGGCUGAGAAAAUUUCGAGAUUAGAAAAAUAUUAAACAUUCAGAAAGUAAGAAAAAAUAGGUAUUUUGUUAAAGUGGUAGCUGUAAGAUGUUGUUGCUCUAAAUAUAAAGACUCAAUGUCUUAUUCAUCUCUUUUAUUUCAUUAUUUCAUUAUACAAAUUGUCAUAUAUUUAUAGUUGUUUUAUAUUUACACAUGUUUCUGCUGGAAAAGUAAACAUGUACAAUGUACCAACAUUGUUUUUAAGUUUGAAUUUCAAUUUCUUUGUGAAUAUGAUGAAGAAAUCAGCAUAUCUACAUUUUGUCUAUAGCUAGAAUGCUAUUCUAUGUGUUUUUUGCUCAAUAAAGCCCUAAUUCUGUGUGAUUUGUCAAAUUUACCAAUUUCUACCUUUAAUUCAAAGGGACACGUCUCCAAAUAUGCAUCUUAAAAUCAAAACUUUUUAAACAGAAACAGAAAAAAAUGUCGUCACAAUGUCACCAGUAUUUUGUGAUGAUAUUUUAUGAGAAUGUUAGAAAGGUCAUCUCCCUUCUAUUUUGCAUCAGAUUUGUACUGCGUUAUUGAUACAGUAGAAUUUGUACUGCGUUAUUGAUACAGUAGAAUUUGUACUGCUUUAUUGAUACAGUACAUUAAUUUACUGACAAACAAAUGAACAUUCUAAACUAAGACAAAAUAUAUAGAAAAAUAUGGAGAUGUGUCCCUGUUAGUUUAAGUGCAAGAUCUUUAUGCUGUAUGACUCAAGUGGGGAAUUCAUUUGAUCUCAUAGUAAUAGUCCUAAAUCUAUGUGUAAAAGAUUAUUCUGUUUACAUACAGAUAUACUUUUAAAAGUUAAGAUAAAUGACAGAAAAGUCUUAGCAGUUAUAUCAUGAGGUCAAAGGGUAUAUAUUUUCAUGUAUUUUGACUUAAUCACAGCCAGAAUUUUGGCCAAAGUAUUUGUUUCAUUUUCAUGAUUCUCAUUAAUACAUAUUUUCAUGAUAGUGUUUACAUUGUAAUCAUUUGUUGAAUGAAUGUGAAAGCUGUCUGUCACUAUGUCUGUCUGCGUAUGACAGCGUAGUUUGUCUGUUGUUUGCUUUAACAUGAUGUGUUUAACUUGCUGACAGCUUUCUUCGACUAGACUUACCUGCUGUAGAGCACAAGUGAGAAAAGUUUGCGUAUAAUAGGUGUUUCUUUUGUAGCCAACUGUCAGUUUCUUUUUGCAUAUGGUGAGGAGAGAAAUAUUCAUAGAUUGUUAUUUUUUUAGUCUGAAAAAGUGUAAUUUAUAAAACCACCCAUUUUUAUCAUGUUUUUUUAUACUUGGCAAUAAGGAAAACAUCAGUUUUAAAGAAAGUGUCUGUGGAACCAUCCCGGAAUAAAGUAGGUAUCUGAAGGUCUUAAUCAUCUUCAGUGAUAGCUCCAGUUUUUACCUAAAAAUUUGUCUGAAGUUGGAAUGAGAAAUUUUUACUGGUAUUUUCAUCAUAGGCAAGAAGCUUAUGCAUGUUGCAAUAAUAGUUCUGUACAUAUAUAACAUUCAAGUGAACAAAACUUUAUACAUGAUGGAUUUAGUUUUGAAGAAGUAGCAGUGAUACAUAGUUUGUUGACAUGAUUGGAUUAUCAGUAAAACAAAAUAACAAUACUUCAGCCACAACAAAUGUUAAUGUUGACACCAGGGAAAAAAACAGCAAGUAACUCAUUAUUGUUUUUAUUGUUAAUGGACAUACUGUAAAGUGAAUUUUAUAUUUUAAAAACAUCUGUUCAAGUCUCUUGUAGCUGCUUCAGCAUUUUUCUCUUAAUUUUUGGAGAAUGUACAGUUGAUUUCGUAUUGCCUAACAAAAUGUAAUGGAAAACUGACCAUAACAGAAACAUUGACUUAUUAAUUAACAUGUUGUAAAACAGAGAGAAAUUUCUGAACUUAACAGGCAGACAUUUUAAAAAUAUUUGAAAAGUAUUGAAUAUUUUGUUUGUAUAGUUUGAGAACACAUGCUCUACUGUCUUGGCUAGUGUGCAGUGCUGCAGUACACGGUGCUAAAAUUGUGUUCCUGUAAUGUAUAUACAAUUGAAGCUUAGUAUCUAGAACUUGCUUAACUUAAAUUCUGGUUAUCUCUAAGAAAUAUUCUGUUCACAUUUAGCAGUCUUUUUUCACUGCUUUAUGUCAGACUCAAACACAAUGCGACCUUGUUUGUGUCAAAGUAAAUUUGAAGUUUUGAUCAUUCAUUGCAAAUAUUAAAUAAAUAGAAACAACAAAAAAUCUUUUUCAAAUUGCAUAGUUCUCUGUAAAUGCUUGUUAAAUGCUUAUAUCAUGUCAGCAUAUAUAUGGGGCUAUGUCAAUAUAUGGGGCAUUCCAUGAGAAAACCUGUAUUAGUGACAUGAUAUAAUUAUUGCAUAAUAAGUAGUUUAAAAUACUGGAAAAUCACUAUUUUUCUUAUGUUCAUGAAAAAUCUAGAAACAACUUUAUUGUAAUAAUGUUAUCCAAGGCAAAUACAGUUUUACCAUAUUUUACAAAUAAAUGUUAUUUGUGUUGCCAUGGCAACGAUAAUUUCAAAGCAUGUAUACAUCAUGAAGACAUGGAGGUGUAUAGAUAAUGGUCCGUCAUGAAACCAAAAACAUACGGAUAAGUUAAUUUUCAGAAAAAUCAUCUUAAACUGUCCUUAAUAUUCAAAUGUAUGAUGUUUAAUAAGUGAGACAUAUAAUAUGUUGCAUUAAUGACUUUAAAAAACACACCAUGCAUUGCGGCGUCAUACUGCUUCCGUGACGUUCAUUACGUCACGUCUUAAAAUGCCUUUGGUGUCUCACUUAAAAGCAUUGUAACUCUUGAAGUAUUGAAGAUAAUUACUUCAAAUUUUCAGAUUUGAAAGGCCAAAGGAUGUUCCUCAUGAAUAUUUUGUUAUCCCAAUUUUGAUUUUUGUGUCACUAAUACAGAUUUUCUCAUGGAACGGCCCAUAUAUAUAUAUAUAAUAAACAAUACCUGUACCAAGUAUCAUUUUAAGUUGAAGUUUGGUUAUAUAGAGUAACAUGCUUCUUACCUUGGUAUUGGAGGGAGGUACUUGAUUUCAGCUGUAAAGGUAAUUAAUAAUAAAUAGAAAACAUGUGACGAGUUUGACCCUUGAUCGGUAAUCCACAUUGUGCAAAGUAUGUUUGGUCCAAAUUCCCAUGAUGGCAAAAUGAUAAAAGCUGUGGACAAAUAAACGAAAUUCAGUGACUCACUGUUUUGUGUAUGUCUGCAUUGUCAUUUGUUUCAAUUACCUGGAAUAUAGAUAUAGAAUCUAGGCUUUUCUGUACACUUUCCAUAUUUACUGAGAAAAAUAAGGAUAGAAUAAAAUAAUUCUGUAUAAUAUGGACUGUAUUUUGGACUCACUUUUAUAAAAAUAACACGGUUCUUGUCUGUUAUCAGGGUUUUUUUGAAUUUUAUAAAAAUAACACGGUUCUUGCCUGUUAUCUGGGCCUUUUGAAUGAUGACUUGCUCAGAUAUUGUCACCUUGGCACAAAAAUUGGUUAACUGCUUUUUAGCUUGACUAUUUGAAUAGGUAGUGCUGUUGCACUCACCCAUGUAUAUGUGACUGCGUUGGCGUACUGCUUUGGUUAAGUUUUGUAAGUAAUUUGGUAUCUUAGUAUCCACUGACAGCGAUAGACUGAAACUUCACACACUUGUCACUGUGAUGAUCUGACAUGCAGGGCUCUUGCCGUGUUAACAUUUUUGACAUAAAAAAGCAGUUAAUUAUGCUGACAUAAAAAUUAGUUAACUGGUUAAAUAUGUAACAUAAAGAUGCAGUUAACUGGUUAUAUAUGUAACAAAAGCAGUUAACUAUGUUAACAUGAAGUAAUUUACCACAUUCUUUGGCUGAGGUGACAUAAUUAUUAUUUCAUUAUGUGUUGAACUGGAAAAUAUUGAAAAAUCAAACAGUACUGGGGAAUUGUGUACACUUGUACAUUAUGUAUGUACCAGUGUUUUGAGUCAAGAUAUUUUAUAAAAGAUCUAGUUUUAGCUAAUUCUUACAUUGAUACAGAGUGAAUUAUCAAACAUAGGAAUGGAAAAUUUAUGUUCAAUUAAAAAAUUUAGUGUGUAAAUGUUUUUUAUAUCGUAGCGAAUGUAUAUUGUUUAGUGUUCAUAUUUUGCAAAUCAAUGUCAGUUUUAUUGUGUACAAAUAUGACAAUAAAUUUGUUGACUGUU